AUGACAGGAUUUUGGCAACUUUUUUCUGAUGGAAAGAUUGGCACAGAAAAAUCUAGUGGAAGAUCCUCAACAUAUUCAACAUUUGAACUACAUCCUUAUCAAGUGGCAUUUUCCUAUCAAAUCAAUGGUAAAACCUAUUUUUAUGCUCAUAGUACAGAUACACUUAAAUGGUAUAUUAAAGAACUAGUUGAUGAUGGUAAAAUUGGCAAUGAAACCGCAAGUGGAAGCCGAGAGAACCCUUAUCAUGUCUCAUUUCCUUUUCAAAUUGCGGGUCGGACCUAUUAUUAUGCUCAAAACGUUGAUUCCAAUUAUUGGUAUAUUCAAGAAUUAGUCGAAGGUGGACAAUUGGGUGAAGAAACUGAUCAAGGACAAUGGUUAAAUGCUUAUCAAGUAGCCUUUCCUUUCGCGAUUAAUGGUAGAACUUUCCAUUAUGGUCAUAAUACCGAUUCGAAUUACUGGUUUAUUCAAGAGUUAUUAGAAGGUGGAAAAAUGGGUGAUGAAACUGCAAAUGGAACUUGGCAAAAUGCUCAUCAUGUUUCUUUUCCUUACAAGAUUAAAGAUAAACAUUAUAUUUACAUGCAUAAUACUACUAAUCGUUGCUGGUGGAUUUCUGAAUUACUCAAUGGUGGUAUGACUGGUCAAGAGACGGCGCGUGGAAGUUGGAAAAAUGCUUUCCAAGUAUCAAUUCCGUUUCAAAUAAAAGAAACAUUUUAUUAUUAUUCUCAUAAUGUUCACACAAAACAUUGGUAUAUUCAGGAACUUACUCAGGAUGGAAAGAUGGGUUCAAAGGUUGCAAAUGGAACUUGGCGUAAUUCAUAUCCUGUGAUUUUUGCCGCAAAAAUUAAAAACAAGUCAUUUAUUUAUGCUCAAUGUUACGAAUAA